CCCCGCGCGGUCAGGAGGAGCGUCCUUGCGGUCCCCCUGCGCCCAGGGUUGGCCUGGAGGCCAAGCAGGUGUGGCAGUUCUGCAGCUGAAGCACCUGCCACAGAAGCACAAGAGGACUCCUUCCUCCAGUGGUUCCUGCUUCUCAUUCCUGUGACAGCCUUUGGCCUGGGGACAUGGCAGGUCCAGCGUCGAAAGUGGAAGCUGCAGCUGAUAGCAGAGCUGGAGUCUCGAGUUAUGGCUGAGCCCAUCCCUCUGCCAGCAGACCCAAUGGAACUGAAAAAUCUGGAGUACAGGCCGGUGAAGGUCAGGGGGCACUUCGACCACUCCAAGGAGCUGUACAUGAUGCCUCGGACCAUGGUGGACCCAGCCAGGGAGGCCCGGGAGGCCGGCCGUCUCUCUUCCUCGCCCGAGAGUGGUGCCUAUGUCAUUACCCCCUUUCACUGCACUGACCUGGGAGUCACCAUCCUGGUCAACAGAGGGUUUGUCCCCAGGAAGAAAGUGAAUCCUGAUACACGGCAGAGAGGCCAGGUUGAGGGAGAAGUGGACCUAGUUGGGAUGGUGAGGCUGACAGAAACCAGGAAGCCCUUUGUCCCAGAGAACAACCCAGAAAGGAACCACUGGCAUUACCGGGACCUGGAGGCAAUGGCCAGGCUCACAGGCGCAGACCCCAUCUUCAUCGAUGCAGACUUCCAGAGCACAGUCCCCGGGGGACCCAUUGGAGGGCAAACGCGAGUCACUCUGAGGAAUGAACACAUGCAGUACAUCCUCACCUGCUACAUCCUACCUAUGGUUUAAGAAAUUCCUACGUCGGACUCCUGGUGUAUGAUCUACUGAAGUAGCUCCGCUCCUCUCCUGAAUAAUCACUAAGUCACAGAUUUUCUAAGCUUUCUUUUUAAAGAUUACGUGGGUUAGGUAUGAGUGGUAUGAAUAAAUCCAUACAGUACACAUGCCGUGCCUGCCUUUUCUACCUAUGCAACGAUCUGAUCAUAAUCAGUGGGUUCAAGUACCAUGUACCAAUGUGUGGGUGAGCUGCUUGUUCAGAACCAUCACCUUGCACCCCCCCACAUAGCACGUCUUCUUCCCCCAACUCCCGCCCUGCACCAAAUCCAAAUCCUGGAUUUUAACAACUCUAACUUAAGUAACAAGAUCAAGUAUAUUCAACCCCAAAUACCCACUGACACUCUCACUGAAAGAGAACCUUUUAUUACUUUUAUGUACAGAAAAUUCAACAGCGUCCACUUAGCCCAGCUUGGUGGCCAGUUCUUUAGCCUUUGCUUUUUCCAGCUUGGCGAUGCGAGCCACUGACUUCGGACCCAGGACAUUGCCUCCCCAGUGGCGGCGGAUCUGCAAAGACACAGGGGUCAGCAUCUGCCGUCGAGGCUCCCACUAUGCUAGCUCAUGCGGUCUUCUACUGGAGUGCUUAGGAGGGCAGAGUCAGCCAGUCCUCUCACCAAUGACUUACCUCAUCGUAUCUGUCAUUGUAAUUGGUCCGGAUGGCUUCUACCAGCUUAGCCAGAGCUCCCUUGUCUUCCCUAAAAAGGCAGGGGAAAAUCUGGGUCAUUAGCUUCUCUUCUCAGUUACCUUCCAAAAACCAGGGAGGACUUGCUGACCCAACAAGCCCUUUGCCUCAGAUACAGUAUGACCACAUGGCUGGUUCAGGUGAAGAAAUUCGUAACCAUCAUUGGCAAAGAUUUAGACAGACACGCUCCUUUAGAAAAGUAUGACGUUUGAUCUUUAAGGUAAAAUCCUAAAGAAAUUAAGGGAACUGGGUGUAUGGGGGGGUCCCUGACCUCCACUGGCUGUUGGGAGUUUGGAGCCAUCUUGCAUACUUACGAGUUAACCUGUGUGAAGGCGACAGUGGUGCAGGUCUUCCUGUGGACCAGACGCCCCAGCCUGGCCUUCCCCUUGAUAAUGCAGUAAGGAACCCCCAUCUUACGACACAGGGCAGGCAGGAAGACAACCAGCUGGAAGACAGAGUUAGCUCUAGAGUGUAUUUUGACCGAAACGGUAACUUAAAACCUAACUCUGUAACAACUGCUGAGGAUUAAACUCCUGGAUUUGCACUUCAA